AUGGCCGAUACCUCCCAGAAAGAAACCCGCCAGAUUGGCGUAAUAGGGCCUGCUGGAUUCGGUGGAUCCUACCUGUGCAUGGAACUUAUUAAUCGGGGCCACAAGGUCGUUGGCAUUUCCAGACGCCCAGAGUCAUUAGGCCAGCAUCCCUUGUACACACCUCGUCCGGCAGAUGUCAACGCACUUGACAUUGACGAGCUCGCAGAGCAAUUCAAGGGUCUGGAUGUCCUCGUCAACGAAUAUGGCCCUCACUCAGCCGGCCACGAAGCACUGCAGUACAUGCCGUUUCUUGAGGUCACACGGAAGGUCAUCCUAGCGGCACGAAAGGCCAAGGUCGGCUACUUCGUGAUGGUAGGGGGAUGUGGCAGCUUAUACAUGCCGAAUCGAGGGCAUCAAUGCGUGCUGGAGUCCAAAGACUGGUGGCUUGCCUACAGACGGGGUAUUGCCGACAGUGAAGCGCACACGGUCUACAUGGAAGAGCGACUCGGCCCCAUGGGUUCCGGCUUGCGGGCUUAUCGAAACGCCCGACGCUCAGAACGUGAAGGACGCGCGACGGAUGCAAGUCGACUCGUUAUCAAGGAGUACGAGGAUUAUGUGAUGAGCAACGACAGGGCAUUGGUGUUUGUCACUGCCUGCCGAACCUCAUUUAUGUUUUUCGAUGGCAACACGCAAUUCAAAUGGACAUUUGUCUCUCCGAGUGCGCUCUAUCGCCCAGGAAAGAGGACUGGCCAGUACGGGAUCAGGUUCAAUCUAUUGCCUUUGAAAGGAGACGAAGAUGAUCCCACGAACCUUGAAGGCCGCCUGCACGGAAUUUCGGCCGCAGAUUUGGGGGUUGCCAUUGCGGACGAGAUAGAAAACCCCACGAAGGAAGGGAAGCAUUGGAGUGCCUAUGGAGAUCUGUCGGACGACCAGCCCACACCAAGCUAUGUUCUUCUGUCGGAUUUGUCAAGCUCUAGAACAAUCAGAUAG